UCAAAUAAAUUCAGACUUUGUUCUUGCAUCUGUAUCAAUGGCGUCUUCACUCCCUCGGAGAAGAACCCACGCUCCCAAAUCAUCUCCCGCCGUAGCCGUAAUCGACGACAUUUUAUGCCAGGAAUGCGGCUCCGGCGACUCUCCGGCGAGGUUGCUUCUCUGCGACAACUGCGAUCGAGGCUACCACCUCUUCUGCCUCCGUCCCAUCCUCCCUUCCGUCCCCACAGGCUCCUGGUUCUGUGGCUCCUGCUCCAACCACAAGCCUAAGUCUUUCCCCCUUGUUCAGACCAAAAUAAUUGAUUUCUUUCGCAUUCAACGUUCCUCCGAGCCAUUGUUGAAUCAAGAUGCACGGAAGAAGCGAAAGCGGGGUGGGAGCUUGGUGAUUUCGAAGAAGAAACGGAAACUGUUGCCGUUCGUGCCGAGUGAGGAUCCAAAUAGGAAGUUGGAGCAGAUGGCAUCACUGGCAACGGCAUUGACCGCUACUAAUACAGAGUUCAGCAAUAAGCUUACUUACAUGCCUGGAAUGGCACCUAGGUCUGCUAAUUGUCCUGCUCUCGAGCGUGGUGGAAUGCAGGUUUUGUCAAAAGAAGAUACUGAGACAUUAAACUUGUGCAAAAGUAUGAUGGAAAGAGGAGAAUGGCCACCUCUAAUGGUUGUUUUUGAUCCUCUAGAAGGCUUCACAGUCGAAGCAGAUAGACCCAUCAAAGAUUUAACCAUAAUUACAGAAUAUGUUGGGGAUGUAGAUUUUUUAAAGAAUAGGGAAAAUGAUGAUGGAGAUAGCAUAAUGACACUUCUUUCAGCUUCUGAUCCUUCGAAGACACUUGUGAUCUGUCCUGACAAACGUAGCAAUAUAGCCCGGUUCAUCAAUGGCAUCAAUAACCAUACACAGGAAGGAAAAAAGAAACAAAACUUAAAAUGCGUGAGAUUUGAUGUUGGAGGCGAAUGUCGAGUUCUUUUAGUCUCCAAUAGAGAUAUCUCAAAGGGGGAAAGGUUGUACUAUGACUACAAUGGAGAUGAACAUGAGUAUCCAACUGAAAAUUUUGUCUGAUUGCCUUCAGAUGUAAGCAAAGCACCCCAAACAAGGGGGACUGCGAGCUUGUCAUUUUUUUCAUCACUAAGUUGAUUUGGCCACCCGCUUUAGAAUGAUUGCUUUGUGACAGCCCCAUUUGGUGUACACUCUGAGCUGGACAUGUAUCAUGUUGAAUGCACUAUAUUUUUAAAUUGUUUAUUGAUUAAA